AUGAUAUCCGCCGCAGCCCUGAUUCAACCUGCCGGCAGUGCCAAAAGGGCAAGCUCAGAUGUGAUCGAAAACAGCCUUGCAGCGGAUUCCACCCCACUGCCUAUCAUCGCCAACGAUGCCUUCAACUACACGGGCGUGCUUCCGACGUUGCCGGCUCAGGCGCUUGACACCUUUCGGGAUAUUGGGCCCUUAAUGAGAGCUGAUCUCCGCUCUACUUCGGACGAAUCCAAACUUUCACAUACAUGUCUACAGUACGCAAUGUGGGCGAUGGCGUCUUCACUGUCGUCGCAGUUUCAACAUUUGUGCGACACCAUGUAUCGCGAAGCCCUCGACCGCCUCGGGAAUCUUGACUCUCCUGGCAGUCCAAUGGAUAAAGAGGAGGGUUUAUUAAAGCAGACCCAGGCGUGGAUUCUCAUCUCGAUGUAUGAGCUGAUGGCAGUCGGUUUCCACGGCGCAUGGGUGAGUACGGGGCGAGCGAUACGCCUGAUACAGCUCCUGCGCCUGAGCAAUAUCGAUUCAAGUUGUUCCAAAGCCUCCGGAUCAGCCGAGGACCCAGAUUACUUUGUCGAGAAAGAGGAGAAGAGAAGGACGUUCUGGAUGAUAUAUACUCGGCUUCCUUGCUCUGAAGACGCAUUUCAAAGCCGCACGCCCACCAUCUCUCUGUUUCUCCCAGAAGCUAUGGAGCUGCAGACAGCAGCAAAGCAACAUCCGUUCUUGGAAUUCAUUCUAUCCAUCUCAAUGUCCGAGCAGAUUCAAGUCCACAAGAAUCGAUCGAGGAUUGGGCAUGAAAGUGGGACGUCGCCUGCCCAAUUUUCGGAGCGGCACAUGUUUGUGGACUCCGUCCUCACGCGGCAGAUUUUCCGUCUGCAGGGCCUCUCCGUAUCACAUCGCGCUGAAUCUAUGACAUUACUUACUAGGAUAGUGGCCCAAGUAGCGUCACUAUCACUUCUGGAGGUGGCCGCAACCAUGCCGGAUACUACUGCAGAGUACCAUCAUCUCGUCGAUGGCUGUGAGGAAAGAGCUGUAGCAGCAGCUAGAGAGAUUGCACGCUUAUCGAGUAUUUUAUUAUCCGACUUCAACAUUUGCCAGAUCCACCCAUUUACGCCAGCGCCAUUUCAUUCAUGUCGGGAAGCUCUGGUCAGGUUUCAGGAACGUGGCAUGGCGUUAGAAGAUGAGAUUAAGACAAUGGAUGAAGCUUUGGAGGAGUUGAAAGCUGAAAAUGGGUUUUGCCAAGGUAUACCGAAGCCAGAGCCGCCUCGUUUUGGAUAUGAGGAUGCCUUGGCGACGCCUGACUCUCUCAUGGACCUGUUGAUUGAGGAACCGAGUAUGGGGGACUGA